AUGGAUUCAACAAGAAAUAAAGUCUGCGGAGAAACAUCUUGUGUGUUUUCAACUUCUCCAAGCGAUGCAAAGGAACGUUCUGCUUCGAUGCGAAAGCUCUCUAUCGUUGUGGUGUUAUGUAUUUUGUUCAUGACUAUAGAAGUUGUCGGUGGCAUUAAGGCAAACAGUUUAGCUACUAUACUAACCGAUGCAGCUCAUUUGCUCACCGAAGUUGCUGCUUUUGCUAUCUCAAUCCUCUCCUUGUAGGCGUCUUCUUGGGAAGCGAAUCCGCGGCAGAGUUACGGGUUCUCCAGGAUUGAGAUUUUGGGUGCUCUUGUCUCAGUCCAGCUCAUUUGGUUACUCACUGGUGUUUUGGUCUACGAAGCUAUAACUAGACUCAUUCAACAGAGUAAUGAUGAUGUUAAUGGAUUCUUUAUGGUUCUUGUUGCUGCUUUUGGUUUAGUAGUAAACAUCAUAAUGAUUGUUGUGCUUGGACAUGAUCAUGAUACUGGCCAUUGUCAUAGUCAUGGUCAUGUACAUGAUCAUGAAUAUAAAUCUACUGAGCAAUUGUUGGAGAAUUCAAAGGAAAGGAGGAACAUUAAUGUGCAAGGAGCUUAUCUUCAUGUUCUUGGAGAUUUAAUUCAAAGCGUUGGAGUAAUGAUUAGAGGAGGGCUGAUUUGGUAUAACCCUAAAUGGAAAGUGAUUGACUUGAUCUGCACGUUAGUGCUUUCGGUUAUUGUCUGAUGGACAACCUUUAAGAUGAUUCGAAGCAUGCUUGAAGUUCUAAUGGAGAGUACACCGAGAGAAAUCGAUGCCAGGUUGCUAUAGAAGGGAUUGUUGGAGACUGAGGAAGUGGUGUCUGUUCAUGAGCUUCACAUUUGGGCAAUAACAGUUGGAAAAGUUCUGUUUUCUUGUCAUGUCAAGAUCAAACAAGAAUCUGAUGAUGCUAUGGUGCUUAACAAAGUGAUUGAUUACAUCCGGAGAGAGUACCGUAUCAGUCACGUUACCAUACAAAUCGAGCGUUAGAACAACAAAGCAAGCCGGAGAUGGUUAAUAUAUCUGGUUCUCUGUCAUUUUCAUGAUCAAAUCUCAAUCUUCUUUUUUGCUUUCUCGUGUUCUUUUCCUUUACAUUGUUCUUUGCUAUGUCAUUGUUUUUGUUUAUGAAGAAGUUUUUUUCUUGUUUUAUCUUAAAAAGGGUAUCUGAAAGGACAUAGCUUUAUUUGAGAUUAGGUCUUUGUGUUAUGUUACUGUAGAAGAAUCUGAAUCUUUAGGGUUUAUCUCUUAUAACAUGCCUACCAAUAAGAGUGGGGCAUGUUUGUCCUUAGAGCAAGUAACCAUAGCUCGUGUGUGACAGUAGCAAACCAGAUCACAGUACACACACACAUGAUAAAAAAACAAUUCAAA